UCAAGGAAGCAUUGCAAUGGAGAAUGAUCAGGAGAAGGGAAAGAAAGUGAUCAAGUAUCGCGGGAUAAGGAGGAGGCCAUGGGGGAAAUACGCAGCUGAAAUUCGCGAUCCAACAAGGAAUGGAGCUCGUUUGUGGCUAGGGACUUUCGACACUGCUGAAGAAGCAGCCAGGGCAUACGAUCGGGCUGCAUAUGCUUUGAGGGGUCAUCAAGCUCUUCUCAAUUUCCCCAAUGAUGGUCAUUAUAGAAAUGCUGAUCCUGCCGGAUCGAGCCUCGAUUUUUCUCAGCUGCCAUCGUCGUCUUCGAUGAACUUGCCCAAUUCUGGGGGAGCUGGAGCUCCUGUUGAAACUCCUGAGUUGGAAGCAUCGCCAAGAGGACAAGAAGAACAAGUCAUUGAGCUCGAGUAUUUGGAUAAUAAGCUGCUGGAGGACCUUCUUGGAUCGCAAUUUCAGAGGCAGGAUCAUAGUAAGCGACCAAAGCUUUCGUAGCUAUCUAAAAUAUUAUUAUGGGAUUCCAGAGAGACCAUUUUCUCGGUAGAAGAAGCAAAUCAGCAAUGAUGAAAAUAUACCAAAGAAUUUGAUGGUGUUUAUUUUUUUGUCCUCCCACCCCUUCCCAAACUCUUCCAACCUCCAAUUGUCAGGCAUGAAUAGUAAAUAACACCCUAAGAGCCUUUUUUUUAACCACUAGGCAACCCUAGUGGUUAGACGGUGUAUAAAUGCAUUACGAAAAUGCUUGUGUUGUUUAACGUAUUUAUUCAUUGGCAUUUUCUUAUAUGUUAGACAAUAUUAUACUAGGAAAAUCAUCCCAA